UGCUGCAAUUGUUGACAAUGCUGGCGAGUGAGAGGGAGUGAACGAAAGAGGUGGCGAGAGUGUGCCGCGCGGGGCGCGAUUCCGCAUUUCGGCCCCCGAUCGCCGCACGAGAGGGUGUCCGGUUCUUCGUGUGACAGGCAACCGCGACCGCGGUGCGAACUUACGGGAGUGCGGGCGCGUGCGCGCACACGAUCACUGACAAGUAUCUACCCUCAGCCUCCGUUUCGUCACCGUGACAAUUGCGAACAAAUUGAAUUUCGACCAAGCUAUCGCAAUGAUGCGUACAGGGACCGCUAGAUUUGCAACACGAUCGUCGCAGACGGUGUGAACAGCGCCGCCAGAGUAUCGAUUCCGAUCGUCGCUAAUCCACGGCGGAGAGAGCGAGUCGUUGCACCCUGCUUCGGGCGAUUGUCCAACACGUCAAAAAUCACCUCCGACAUGGGGGUGAGUGCCGUCGAAUACGCGGCUUCGCCCUUGACCGGAAUUUUCUGCGGGGCGCGGUGAUCGCGUUUAUCGUCGUCGUCGUCGUCGUCGUCAAAAAUAUUUAUCUUCUCUUCAAAAAAGGCGAGUGUGUGCUGUUUUAAGCGACGGACCAUGUCACUACCACGCGGCGUCGGCCUCGGCGUUGACGUGGGUCAACUGAUGCAGCAUCAGCAGCAGCAACAGCAACAUCACGUGCUGCCGGCCGCGUUUUUUCUCCGCGCCAGUGCCGAGAGAUAUCAGCGUACCCCCAAGUGCGCACGAUGCCGCAAUCACGGAGUCGUGUCCGCGCUCAAGGGGCACAAGCGUUACUGCCGAUGGCGAGAUUGCGUGUGUGCUAAGUGUACCCUUAUCGCUGAGAGGCAACGUGUCAUGGCUGCUCAGGUUGCGUUGAGACGGCAGCAGGCCCAGGAGGAGAGCGAGGCGCGCGAAUUGGGCCUGCAAUUGCAAUACAAUGCCGGCAGCUGCACCACCGCCCCCGUUUUGCCGGCGGCCGCCGGUGCGACGCCAGCUGGUAGCCCGCCCCCGCACCCGGCGCACGUAGCGAGUCCCGCGGGCCUCGCGAUACCCGCGGCGGCUGCAGCGGCUGCCGCCGCCGCCGCCGCACAUAUCCAGACGCAGCUCCAGCAACAGCAGCCUGCGGAAUGUGGUCUUCUGCCAAGGAAGAGGUCCACCCAGGACGAGUACCGGCAGCCCAAAGUUGAGCAGAGCGACGCCGUCGUCGCUCUCGACUCGGAGCAUUCUAUCAAAAGACCGAAGCGAUCUAGGAUUUCUGAAAGUACGACGGCAACGAUCCUAUCAACCAGUGAUGCCGGUAACGAAGACGAUCGUGAUUCCGAUUCCGGUGGCGAGUUACGAACUGAUCGUUCACUGGUGGUGUCGACAUCGUCGGGAAUACCAGAAUCCGAAGUGACAACGAGAAAGCGCACCAACAGCCUGAACGAUUCUGAGGAAGGCAGUCCUGAGCCGGGCUCACAGAGCCCGACGCACACGCCGCCGCUAACACCGGCCUUGACACCGCAAAGGGAGGAUACUCCGGCGCCGGAAAACCUCAGUCUACGCAAGAGCGGCAGUCCACCGCAGACGCAGCAGCAGACUCUGCAACCAGUGGAUCUGGUGCAGCCUAGACCUAGCCCCCCGUUACCCUCAUUAGCUGCCGCAGCGACAGCAGUGCACUUUCCUCCUUACGCGCCUCUUUACGGGCCAACGGCGAGCUCGCUAGCGUAUUGCUCGCCGGCAUUGUAUCAGCAUCAGCAUCAUCAUCACAUACCCGAGCCGCGAGAGAUUCAAAUGCAGAUGCAGAUGCAGAAUAUCCAGCAGACAUGCGGACUGCAGCUACAGCAGCAGCAGCAGCAGCAGCAACAGCAGCAGCAACAACGCUCGCCGGUGGACGUUCUGCUGCGCGUAUUUCCUGGAAGACGUCGCGCUGACGUCGAAGCGUUACUUCAUCGUUGCAAAGGCGACGUGGUGUCCGCUAUGGAGGUGCUGGUCUGCGAGGACAGUUUGCAGCCCAAGUCGGCGUUCUCGCCGUUGGCGGGCGCCCUAGCGUCCGCCGCCGCGGCAUCCGCCGCGUCCGUCUCGGCGGCGGCGUACGCGAGCCGUGCCGCGUACUGCACCACCCCGAUACCGUCAACGCGGCAUCGGUUCCUGGCCGCGCCUUACGCCGGCACCGGUUACCUGCCCACUGUCAUCAAGCCACCCAACCAGAGCCUGCACGCCAACGGAACCGGCGACGCCUAUCGGGAAACCAGUCCCGAUGACGCCAGCGACAAGACCAGUUACUCCGAGUGACCCGACGAGGGUCACGUCUGGUCGUAUCCUCAGUAGAUUUCCUUCAUGGUCGGCAACGCGAUCGCUUUCGUUACUGAAUUUCGUGUCGGAUAAUGGAAACAAGCCAGGAGCUAUUGCUCUCGAUGCCUCGAUACGUGUGAUCAGCCAUUCCUGAUCGUAAGCAAAAACUAUUUUAAAUCUCGAGGUUUUAAAGUGAUUAUCCAAUCGAAAAAAAAUUAUACAUUGACAUUGUUUCGACAAUGUCGGCGAUUGCUCGCGCGAAGACUAGUUCUACUCCGAGGAAUCGAUUAUAUACCAGCUAGUCGCAUUUCCCAGCGUGUGACCCUCUGUCUUUUGAGAAUAAUAUCUGUUAGACGAAAAGUUUACACAGAAUUGGGAACGAAAAUAUACUAACUAUAUAUCUCUAUGAGAAAGAUCCUUCCCUUUAUCUCUUUGGAAUGGACAAUAUAGAUUUUUCAAUCUUGAGAGCAGACAUCGCGAAUGGAGGAUUUGGCAAUACUCACAGAAAUGUAACUUUAUUGAUUUCGGUGACUGCUGCAAUGUGUCAUGAAAAAAUCACUACGACGAUAAAAUGCUGUCUUAAGAAUUGGAUCUUCUCAUCGUCGACGUCUGCAGGCAAUACAUAAGCCAAAAAUGUCACACAAUGAAGCUGUUCCAGUAGACAAUAAAAAAAGUAAAUAUUAUUACUUCUAAAGGCGCUGAAAUAUCGAAGAAGCAGCAAGGUGUCUGACAAUCCGUUUUAUUAUCUAUAUAUACUUACACGUUUCGCGCGCGGAAGACGCUCGGAUGUAUUAAUCAGAUGUCGGCAUUACGUUCGUGCCGACGCUAAAUCGUCGAAUUGCAGGAUGAGUUUUGCCGCAUGACGUAACGCGCCGAUACGAAAAAAGAAACGUCGGAAGAUAAUGAAAUUCACGGCCGAGAUUUGUUUUUUCAGAGUAUACUUUAUACAUGUGUAGAUAAAGACUAUAUAGGCAGAUAUGUGUGUAGGUACCAAGUUUCGACGAAUAUAUCAUAUCAAACGCGAAGAGAAAGGUGAGUCUGUAAAUACGACACGCUAUAUAGCUAAUUUUAUCUUGCAUUAAUCUCGCGAUUUGCCGAAAUAUGUUAAACGUGUUAAAAAAACGCGUGUGCACGCGUAAUAUACAUAAAUGUUUACCUGUAAGUAUAACGUCUGGCAAGAUAUCUAGAUUGGCCGCUAGCGACCGGAAACAUUGUUCCGCCGUAGUUACCAUGACAUGUUAUUCGAAAAAUAAUGUAUAGACCGAAGAUACAUCCAAUA